AUGAAGUCUCCCAAGGUCAAGACGAGUGCCAACAACACUGGUGGACCUCGCCAGGUUCAUUUCAAGGAGGGCAGCAGCCACAGCUCUGACAACCACGAAGACGAGGAGCCUGUACCCGGCGUCUUCCUUCACACAUCCUCCAACCCUUCUGCCUCGGUCAAUCUUGGUUACAACUUUCCACCUUCAACACCUUUCGGCCAGGUCCCUCCUCAGCCAACCUACGGCCCUUUCAUCCCCCAAACUUCGACCCAUCCCGCCUUCGCUGCUGAGGCGAACGCUUUCGCACCUUUUGGAAAAUUCAAUCCGUUUGGUCUUCAAGCUCCUGCCUACGUCAACAUGGCCGACUACCAGAACGUCGCUCCGCCUGCCGGAGGUCUUCACUUCCAGCCGCCGGUCCCUGACACUUCUCACGGCGUCAUGCAGCACGUCUACGUGCCUCGCUUUGACAACGGCGCGCCUCCUCACCCUGGCUAUGCUUACCAUCAGCCGCCCCCCAACAACGUCACCUACAUCGGCCAAGCUCCUCCCACCAACCCUCCCGUCAUGAUCGCCCAGCAGCCUAUAAUGCAGCCUGGAAUGGCCAUGCAGAACCCGCCCAUCAUGCUCCAGGGCCCUCCCCAAGUCAUGAACGGCGCCCCCAUGUUCCAGGGUCCUCCCCCUAUGGGCAUGAACAUGCCCCCCAACAUGGGCGGUGGCAGCGGUCCCGUCUUUGCAGGUAAUGGUGGUUUUCCUCCUGAUGUCACUGGCUUUGGAAAGACGGCUGGCGAGAUAGCCAUGGAACAGGCGCAGUUCGCCUACGCCAAUGGCUUGUUUGAGCCUCAGGACUUCAAGCCUGCUGAUGACGACCCGUCUCGUUAUUAUCCUGUUCGCGAGGUUGACGGUAAUUGGACCCAGCGCAACCGUUUUACUAUUGACAACCUCGGCGAUUGUCGCUGGUAUGUCACUAACGAGGGCUUUUUCUACGCCUUCAUUCGGACGCCCCCGGACGACUUCCCAACUAGACUUCCAGUCUUCGAGAACUGCCUCGCGUUCUCAUAA